AUGAUCUUCAAGACAGUGAUCGAGCAGACCGUCACAAAGCAAGGGUUUGCUGUUUCCAUGGAUAAUUCAGAUGGUGGCGUCACUCUUUCGAUUGAUACCAAGAAGCAGGUGCAUCGCGAUGCAGAAUAUCGGGUCGAAAAACUUGGAGAUGGGUCGACCAACGAGUACAAAGUCUCGGCAAUAGACAAGACACCGGGAAAUCUCCGGGUGACACUCAACGAGGACUCGUCCCACCAGGCCCAGUGCCUCGGAUCUUGGAAGUUCGACUACCACUUCACCUGGUCCUUCUACCACGACGACCGAUAUGCCGGCAUGGGCGGCCGCAGUUACGGUAGCAACGGAGGCAUCACGGCAACCCACACGCUGGACAAGAAGCUCGCCUUCGACUGGUCUGUUGACCUCGUGGGAGACGAUAAGAACUGGUGGGAGCAGUUCUGUGGCGGAACAAAAACCAUUCCGGACUGGGUCAAGAACCUGUCAGUGCAGAUGCCCACCUUCACCCUGCACCUCGGCAGUCUGUACUUCUUCUUGACGACCAAUCUGCUGCUGCCGUCCCAGCAGGUGAUUACUGUGGACACUCGCACAGGAAUCCAGAUUCCAGGCGAUCUGUACCUGGUUGGUUUUGUUGAUGAUGAUGAUCGCUGGUGA